AGAGAGAGAGAGAGAGAGAGAGAGAGAGAGAGAGAGAGAGAGAGAGAGAAGUUUUACACCUCUGCACCAUUUCCUCUCUCAUCAGUUUUUCUGUUGUUGGCGUCUCGGUGUGAUUUGUGUCGUCUGUUCUCCUGCUCUCUGUCUGUCUGUCUUCUCCCUCCACUCGUUGUCCAUUGAUACUGUGAUGGAUUUCAGGACUGUUGUGACCAUCUCAGCCCUGUUUCUCAUGACUGCUGACGCAGACGCAGCAACACUUCCACUAAACAGCAGCGCAACUGCCCCCUCUGCUCAGAUGAAUAACACCUGUCCCUGCCUCAGUGCUACUCCAACCACUGCUGCCUCCAGCCCUAGCAGCUCUGCACCUGUCGUGAGCCUCCUCACCGUCCACUGGACAGGUAAAUGUGAAGGAAGCGUGAGACUCUAUAAUUCCUCCACCGACUUCACACCUGUCUGUCACAGCAACAGCCACACUGUCCUGGAGCUUCUGAAGAAUGUGUGUCUGAACAUAAAAGGUUGUAAAGGACAGCCAGGCCUGAUCAAAGGAAGCAGGAACGAUGGUUAUGACAUCUCUGAGGAUGGAGGAGAGUGGAUGAUCAGCUGUGAGACACUGGGGGUCCGAUGCAAAGUUGAGGCAGUUAAGCCAGUUGUCCCAGAUGUGCGGGGACAGCUGCAGGCCUACAAAGUGGUGACAGCUUUGCUCUGCUGUGUGCUGCUGGUCCUUUUACUGAUCCGCUUCACCAGGCCCACCGUCAAAGCUUUGCAGAAGAGAUUGUCAGACAGGAGACAGAAUCGCUGGAUUGGACCAACGCAGAGUCACAGUGUGUCUUACCAUCGAGGGAAAACUGCGGUUAAAAAUGAUGGAGAGAAGAGACUGUCCUACCCUGCUCUGGAGCGACUGGCGGUCAGUGACAGCAGAGAACCUUCAUCCAACAGGAACAGUGACUACAACUUCUGAUGUGCAGCUUCCUCAGCCAUCAUCAUCAUCAUCAUCAUCAUUAUCCCCUAUCAAUAGAUAUUUAUCUUUGUGAAAGCACAUCAGUUACUUGAUCAGUUAUUUACCAGGAUAUUAUUGCUAAAAGUUCAUAUUAGAAAUUCUGUUGUAAACCAUCUGAACGAUCUGCCCAGAAGUUAGCCAUGCUUCUUCUACAUGAAAAUGAAAAAUGUUACGUUACAUCACCCUGACUGAACUGUACAAUAUUUUGGGAAACACACGUAUUUGCCAUCAUUGUACAUUAUGCUCAUACAUUAUGGUUUUUAGCAGCAGUUAGCAUUGGAGCUACUUCGUAAAUAGCAGCCUCUGGGUACGGCGACUGCUCACAGCUGUCCAGAUGAGCUGCAACAGGUCGAUCAGACAGCUGCGGAGUGCAGAAGCUGUUUUAGCCAGGCUAACAGUUUACCUCACUCCCAUUCUUUGUGCUAAGCUAGGCUCUGUACUGGAAAAACAGCAAUAAACCUGAGAACAGCAAGGGAUUAAAUGUGAGAUAAUGACAUUUGUUUUAUAGUUUCUCUUGUCGACUGUGAUUUGUAAUUAAUUUUGUGAACUUUCUAUUUUCAGUAAAAUGAUCUGAGUUGUGUUUGA